UCCUUCGGUUUUCUUAUCGCCUCUUCUUGCAAAACGCGUUUGGCGAGCCGCUGCCUUCCUAUGCGAGCAGCGGCGGGGCUGCUGCCCUGAGAGACGGAGCGAUGGCACUGCAGCCGGGCGCCUUCCUCAAUUCCUCAUUUACGCCCUUGUGAAUGGAGCCGUGCCCUGUGGCCCUCAGCCGGCGGGGUGCGGAGUGAGGAGAGAAGCCAGCAUUCAACCCUUCUUCACCCUGAGCAUCCCCAGUUUGGGAGGGAUGAGCUGCAGACCCCUUUUGCUGCCGCGUAGGUCGGUGUGCGCCCCGUGCUGGGGUUCAGCCCGUGCUUUGGGUUGAGCCCAACAGCUGUGUCAUCUCCCAACCUGAAGUCACGUUAGUAGAAUCAAACAACACCCUGAGAUAGAAGGGAGCCGUUGGGAUCAUUGAGCUGGACUCCAUGGGUGAUCCCUUCCAAGGGAAGCGCUUGGAGUGGCGACCAAAGGAUUAAAUAUGGGCCAGGUGCUGUUUGCCUCCACCCAAAUUGCUGGGAGCAGGGCCAGCCCAACGAAGGCAGCUUGAAUUAUGCGGUGAUGGCGAACCUAUCAACUCCUCCAGCCUGGACCAGAGUCAUCAACAGCUCCUUUGUUGCAGGCAAUGCUGACAACAACACCUACAGGUGUGUGUUUGAUGAGGACUUCAAGUACGUCCUGCUGCCUGUCUCCUAUGGCAUCGUGUGUGUGGUGGGGCUCUUCCUCAACCUGCUGGCCCUUUAUGGCUUCAUCUUUAGGAUCAAGACCUGGAAUGCCUCCACCACAUACAUGUUCAACCUGGCCGUGUCCGACACGCUCUACGUGGUCUCCCUGCCCCUCCUGGUGUAUUACUACGCCAUGGGGGACAACUGGCCCUUCGGAGUGGGUUUGUGCAAGAUAGUCCGCUUCUUGUUUUACACCAACCUCUACUGCAGCAUCCUCUUCCUCCUCUGCAUCAGCAUCCAUCGCUUCCUGGGCAUCUGCUACCCGCUGAAGUCCCUGCAGUGGGGACACGUCCGCUACGCCCGUAGGGUGUCUGUCAUCAUCUGGGUGGUGACCGUGGUUUGCCAGUUGCCCGUUCUCUUCUUUGUCACCACCAGCACCAGACGUGGCACCAUCACCUGCCACGACACAUCCAGCAAAGACCUCUUUGGCCAGUUUGUCAUUUACAGCUCGGUGAUGAUGGUGCUUCUCUUCUGCAUCCCCUUCCUCAUCAUCAUCGUCUGCUACUGCCUCAUGGCCCGCAGGCUGUUGCAGCCCACACGGGGCAUGUCCCGGCUCUCCCGAUCCAAAAAGAAGUCGGUCAAGAUGAUAAUCAUUGUCCUCGUGGUCUUCAGCGUUUGCUUUCUUCCUUUCCACGUCACCCGUUCCUUGUACUACUCCUUCCGGAGCUGGGAUUUGAGCUGUCAGACCCUCAAUGCUAUAAAUUUAGCCUAUAAGGUGACCCGGCCCCUGGCCAGCACCAACAGCUGCUUGGAUCCCGUACUGUAUUUCUUAGCAGGACAAAGAUUUAUGAAGCUCACAGGCAACAAAAUCCCGUGGAAGCCUCAAAAUGAGAUGGCAAUGGGGUCUGUGCCCAACGGUCCCCUGGGAACCAGCAAUGACACGGACACGACGUCCAAGGAAGUGAAAUCCUAGCUCUGCCCCACUCUGUGGCAGUGGAAGGGUUCAUCCCACGUGUGAUGGGAGGUGAGGAUGCUUCAGGGCCAGAGGCCUAUGGUGUUUGCAGUGCUUGGCUCCCAUGAGUAUUGCUGUCUGUGGCAUGCAUUUUCAGGGAGGUGACACCGCGGUGACAGGGACAGGCACCGUCCCUCUGCCUCUUUCCCUGCCUGUCCAUCAACAUGUGGCCCCUCCCCAGCGGUCAGCCUGGCUGACCUUCCAGCGUGGUUGCAAAAUCUGCUAAAAUUCACACCCUGGAUGCCUCAGACUGUUUUCUAAAGAAGAAAACGCUGCGUGCAAAAAAAGCCCCAUAGAGAAAUCGGUCUGCUUUCCUCCGAGUUGCCUGGCACAUAAGGAGCGUGCGUUUAUCAGAAGUCUUUCCAUGCCUUGGCAUGGGAAAAAAGAGUUUUGAUUCACGGGGAGUGUCAGCUGUGGUUGUGAUAAACAGGUUGAUAAAAGGUCGAGUGCAAACACUGCCUGCGGCGGGGACCGGGCGCCCGCUGCUUCGCAUCCCUGGGGAAAUAAUCUUGGAAUCAUGAAGGUUUGGAAGAGCCCUCCAAGAUCCCCGGUUCCAACCCCAGCCCACCCCACCACGGCCCUCAGUGCCCCGUGUGCCCCUUUGCUGAGCACCUCCAGGGAUGGAGACCUGGCACCUCCCUGGUGCAGCUUGAGGCCGUCGCCUCUCAUCCUAUCGCUGUUACCUGGGAGAAGAGAUUGACCCCCACCUCGUCACCACCUCCAUUCAGAGCUAAUGCUCUCCCAGCUCCAGCCCCUUUCUGAAGGAUUCCCAUCAAAAGGGGUGCUGGUGGGGGCACUCCCCAUCCCACUGGGAGGUACUGAUACUAUCAAGCUGGUCCCCGAUUUCUCCAGUGAGGUCAACAUCGCCGAGAACCACUGGUGUUUCCCAACAGCAACAUUCAUGUCUGAAAAGCUUGUAGGAACCAGUAGCUCUCUCUGUGCUGCUGCCUUUAACAGUCGCCUCCAGCUCUGUGAAAGUGAGGGUGAGCUCUUUGUGCCUUGUUUUUCAUCAUCUUACAGGCAUCUCAUGGUGCCAGCAAAGUGGUGAAGAGCAUUGCCCAUUCCAUCGGUUCAGUAUUGAUGCAUCCUAUCACUAUUCCCCAUCGUUGCUCAGAGAUGUGGUGGAUGCUCCAUCCCUGGAGACUUUCAAGGCGAGGCUGGAUCAGGCCCUGGGCAACCUGAUCUACCUGUCCAUGUCUCUGUUCAUUGCAGUGAAGUUGGACUGGAUGGCCUUUAGAGGUCCUUCCCAACUCUAAGGGUUCUAUGAUUCUAUGAUUGUCCCACUUGGAGACACUUGACAUAUCCCAUAGUGACAGGAAAAUACAGGGAAAUAUGGCAGUGCUGACUCUGCUUUUGGGAGCCAUGCCUACAAACACGGUGCUGAGCUUAACCCCAGCCCUGUGUGGAUGUGGGCUUGCGUCCCCUCCAGUUCAAAGUCAGCUGGAGGAAAGAGCCACCAAACCCCCCACCAGAAGGUCUGCGUGGCCCUUCUCUCUCCCAUUGCUGGGUUAAGAACUGCAGAGCCCAGUUUCCUGGCCCAGCCCUGCCACGAGGAUGCUGAUUCCUCACCCCCAAAAAUGAAAAUUGCUCCUUCUGCAGAACUGGUUGAGUCCUAUUUCAUAAAAACGGCCCGGGCUCUAUUUUAGGGUUAGACAAACACUUUUGGUCCCAGUUUAGACUGAUUCCUCAGACCUCUUAGUUUCUCCCAUCCCUCCUGCCUAUGAAGUGGCUUGGUGGGGGUAAGGACACGGAGAUAAAGAAAUAACUCGGACAUUCCUGUGGUCUCAGCUGGGUGGAAUUGUGGUCCCAUGGAGGGCUCUCGUCCUGACCCACAAUAUCACAGCCACAGAAGACAAAGGAGAGGACUGUCUCCACGCUGAGCACCAUCAGCAAAGAAAAACAGCAUUUGUAGGGUGAGUCAUCUCAUCCAGGAGAGGAUUGCUAGGGGGGUUGGGUUAAGAUGGGCAUUGCACCUUUUUCUCCCCCUGGAGCUUCAUGGGAAAGGUUACAGUCACUGAGGGGAGACAAAUAAUAAUCACAGAAUCAUAGAAAGGGUUGAAAAGGACCACAAGGAUCAUCUUGUUCCAACCCCCUGCUGUGUGCAGGGUCACCAACCACCAGACCAGGCUGCCCAGAGCCACAUCCAUGAAUCCAAGUGAAGUGCUGGGCUGCUAUGAACCUUUCUCUGGGCCAGAUCUCAGCUGCUCACCCACCAUUGCCCCGGAGCAGUGUGAGCACUGAGCCACGUGCUCUGAGUAACUCAAUAAACCACGCUGCCAGCUCUCUCCUUUGCCCCGUUGGCACUCCCCCCUCUCACCACCACCACUGCUAUUGGGGUCCCAGAGGUUCUCCUCGACGCGGCUCAGGUGGAGAGCUGAUGGAGAGGGCCCAACUGGAACUGUACAUACAGGUUUUGUGUUCGUUUGUCAAAGCACUAACUUAUGCACACACACAAAGAAGUGGGUUUCGUGAUAAUAGCUGUACAUUUUUAUUUUUGUAACAUGCAGGCGUUUCUUAGAGUGAAUAAAUGUGUUUCUACUGUGAGCGCUCUUCUGCCAUCUCCUCCAACGCGAGAAGGGGAGGGUACUGGGGUGGAGGCUGAAUGUUGUAGUUAUGUUCUGUAGAUACGUUUUGUAGACAUGUUUUGAGCUCCAGAUGCACUCAGAUCCAGGAGGGUGAGAUCCAAGCCGUGUGCUGUGCAAUGGAUACCUCCAGCAGUGAAGCUGUCCAGUCCAUGGAGGAGCACACGACUUUGGGUUGUGUCACAUCCAUCCCCGCAGCCCUGGCAGGCAGCUUCUCCAAGGCUGUUGAAGAACCAGAAGUUCUCAGGUUCGUUUCUCCUAAACCACGUUCUUUCCCCUUGGCCCAGCUGCCCGUGGGGCCGCCAACAGCUCGUGGUGGAGUGAAGCCUCUUCUUCUCAGAAACUUCCCCUUUUCCUCCGCAGAAACCGAGGGAGGGGGUUCCCAGUGCCUAACCGCAGCCCUUGUGAGAAAAGUGCCUUUUGUUUCUCCACUGCAGUUCAUCCUCUGCUCUCUACCCAGCCCGGCGUUCGCUGUGUAUCCGUGCUCAGGAUGCAUCCAUCCCAUGGAUGAAUUUAUUGCAGGCCGCAAUCAGAUCGUAUUGAAAUCUGCCUGGCAUUAACCUGAGCAGCUCAAAUCCCUUCGCUCUCAUCUUCAUUCCAAUUUCUUCAGCCCUGAGAUUAAUUCUGCUCCUUUUCACGGUACCUGGUCUUCAGGCAACAUCACAGUGACAUUUGCAGCAAUGGGAUGCCAUGGAAAAACGCUCAGCUUUCGGUUUUCUUUCCUUUACAAAACUUCCCAGCCCUUGCAGUUGCUGAAGCAGCAAAACUCAAAAGCGUACACCCAGAGGAAGAGCUGCAAGAAGUGCAUCAAUUACCCGGUGCAGAAUCUAUGCUCUAACAUCCUGCUUGAUUUCCAGCCCAGGUUUGAGAUUCUCACCCCAAGGCAAAAGCCACGAGGAUGGAGCACGUGCCCAGCUUUCACUUGUGGGCUCUCCUGCAUCACACCCAAGCCUUUCGUGCCCUGACUCCUCUGCAGCCAAUGCCAGCACUGACUCGUGUGAGUCACUCAAAACCCAGGAACGAAAGUUAAGCAAGAACAACGCACGCAGAUGGGGAGCACGGAGGUUGUGGAGUUAUUUCAGAGCAACAAAGAGAAACCAGAAAACCCACUUUUUCUAAGUGCCUCUUGGCGCUGGGAGCAGGAAGAGAAAGCUGAGAGUGCUGCUGGUCUCCAGCCAAGCCAACCCAUCUGCCCCACGGCGGGGGUGGAGGCACGAGCUCCUCGUCUUUCUGCACACCAUCCCAGCAUCCGGGCUCUUCCUUCCCUCCGUGUCCCUUCCAGUUGGCAGAGUCAGCCAUUAUCAUUACUGUCAGCCACUCGCUGCGUCCGUCCGUUUCUCGAGGAACGAGCCCUGGCUUCAUUUGCCCUCUGGUUUUCCUCUUUGAGGGUGAAUUUUUCUAAGGAUCACAGCUGUCUGUCUCCCCUCACCCCGAGUCAUUUCUGGUCCCAUUAGCCGUGUUGUUGAACUCCAGCCCCGAGCUGGAAGGGACGCAUCAUGGAAUUAUAGAAUUGCUCAGCUUGGAAAAGACCUUCAGGAUCAUCAAGUCACAGCCAUGAUCGCUGAGCCCAACCCCCAGCCCCACACAGCAUCCCUGAGCCCCUGCCCUAUGGCUCAGAGCAGUGUCCCAGCACUCCCUGAGCAACGAUCAACGAUGCCAUAACCAGUGAUGAGUGGGGAAAGGUGGUAGGUGGUGUCCCAAAGUUCAGCUGAAAUAUCUUUUUUUUCCCCUUUUCUGGGAGUCUUUGGCUUCUCCAGAUGGGGUGGAUGGGGCAGCCCCAAAGGAGGGUCCCUCAGAAUUUGCUCUUCCUUCAAAAUGGAGUGAGAGGGUUUUCGUGCUGAAGUAUCCCGCAGCUUUCAGAGCUGAAGGAAACAGUUUAAAGAAUGGAGAUGGAUGUAAGUAAAUAAAUAACAAAAUUAAUAGAAAAGAAAAUGGAAGAAAAAGAGAGGAUGUGAAAAGAAGGAAGUUUGGGGCUCAAACACGGCUCCACAGCUCCACAGCUCGAAGCCUCUACUAUGUGGUAACCUGAAGGAAAGGAAAAUAAUGUCAUUAGGUUCCACACUCCCAUCUGAACAACUGUUUAAAAAGGAAAUUAAAUGGAAAAAAUUC